AUGUCUGAAGCCGAAAAAGAAGUCCAACAACAGAAAGUAGAAGAGCAUGAUGCCCCUAAACAGUCCAAUUGUCUCGAAGACAUGAGUGACCAGGAGCUUUUUUCUCUUCUCACGAAUGUUGUUGAUAUCAUAAAUCGAAGAAGAGGCAGACUUAGCAAUAGUGCAGAGAUUGAGGAAUAUCAAGAGACUGCAAUCGAGAACGAAUCGGAUUCUGAGAGUUGGUGUGAUCCAGAGAAUGAAAAAGAAGAGGAAGGGGAAGAAAGGGAAAAGAAGGAUAAGCAGGAGAAUGUCGAAAAAACACAAAAUGCAAGGGGAAAAUCAGAUGGUCAGCCCAAAGUUGGUCAUCCAUGCCAUUGGAUGAAGCAUCAUCCGGGCCCUGCAUAUCCGCCACCUCCAUUCCCACCCCAAUUUGGCCCACGGCCGGAAGAUUUCUGGGGCAUGGGACCGCGGAGAAACUUUCCGCCUGCAGGGCCACCGCCACCUCCGGAAGAACCGAUUGAGGUCGGCGUAACAUUUACCCUCCCUAAGCGCAGGGAUCCGCCACCACCUCCACCACCAUCUUUCGGCUUUCGCGGCACCCCUAACUUUUUCCCUCCGGGACCUCCUCCCCCACAUGGCGGCCCACCUCCUCCACCGGGACCUCCCCCACACGAGUUCCCUUCGCACGGAGAAAAGCCUAGGGGCCCUCCGAGACACAGGCACGGUCCCCCAGAGUUCUUUGGCGGCUAUGCCCCACGGGGCUGCCCGGAGGCAUUCGAUUACCGCAUGUCUUACGGUUACGGCUUUCCACCAGAGCACGAAAAAUUUCUGCCCUGGAGAGAUUGGUACGCCCCACCUCCUCCUUAUUGGGGGGACCAUUGCGGGCCAAAGGAGCAGAGAAAGAGGGGAAGAAGGGAUUGA